GCAUCUACUGUUACCCCAUACAAUUAUGGGAUAGAACCUCUAAAUGGUACAAACUUUUCAACAUGGAGAGAAUCUAUAAAACUCUCACUUGGCAUGAUGGAUCUCGACCAAGCACUGAGAAUGGAUCCACCAGGUGCUCCUAAUGAUGAAAGCACUGUGGAACAGAAGCGUUCUUAUGAACAGUGGGAGAGGUCCAACCGAAUGUGCCUCAUGGUGAUUAAGAAUUCCAUAUCUGUAGCCAUUCGCGGAGCCAUUCCUGACUCUGAAAAUGCGAAGACCUACCUAGAAUAUGUGGAAGAACAAUUUAAGGGCACUUCUAAAGCACAUGCCAGUACCCUAAUUCUCAAAAUGUUGACGAGUAAGUAUGAUGGAGUAAGUGGUAUUCGUGAGCACAUCAUGAAAAUGUCUGAUAUGUCUAACAAGCUCAAAAGUAUGGACAUGGAGAUCAGUGAAGGUUUCCUCGUUCAUUUCAUAAUGACUUCUCUACCUGCGUCUUAUGGUCCAUUCAAGAUCAAUUACAACACGCAGAAAGAGAAGUGGACAAUGAGCGAGUUGAUUGCUAUGUGUGUUCAAGAAGAAGAGCGCCUUAAAGCUGAAA